GAUGACAGUGAGCGGGUCGAAGCGUGCAACAACGGUUUACUGUUUUAUCAUAUAUAGUUUAAUUAAAUCAUGACGUUAACAGUCUGAUGUGAAUUCGUGUGGUCUAGUGAGCGGCCAGCGACAUAUUGUCGGUGACAGUCAUUUCUGAUUUCUUCCUCAGCCUAUCAACGAAGCAGGAAGACGCCGCCGUUUGUAAAUAUGAAGCAACCAGGAAGUGUUUCAGCAAUUUAGUCGUUGCUACUGGCAAUGUUGGUUAUGAAAUUGCAGUGCGCCACCCUGGGAAGGACGUUAGGAUUUUUGACUGUCCUGGUUGUUGUGACUGCAGCGGUCUUAAAUUAUUUCGAAGAUUCCGAAGCGGUUAAAUACGCGAGCAUGGCUGAGGACAUCAAGACCGCAGAGCAAAACUUCAAGCAGCAGAACAAAAGCUGUUUCAUUCUUGGUGCUUCUGGGGAAACCGGCAGAAUGUUGCUUCAAGAGCUGCUGGAGCGCAACAUCUUCUCUAAGAUAACUCUUAUUGGAAGGAGACAGCUCACCUUUGAGGGCAAAUCCUAUGAAACCCUGGUCCAAGAGGUGGUUGACUUUGAGAAGCUUGAGGAUCAUGCUGCUGCCUUCCAGGGCCAUGAUGUUGGCUACUGCUGUCUGGGAACAACCAGAGCAAAAGCAGGGGCUGAAGGAUUCAUCAGAGUCGAUCACGACUAUGUUCUAAAAUCAGCCGAGCUCGCCAAAGCUGGAGGCUGCACACAAUUCCACCUGGAGUCCUCCAGAGGAGCAGAUAAAAAAAGCAGCUUCCUUUACCUCAAAGUCAAGGGACAGGUAGAAGCAGACAUUGAGGCCCUUGGUUUUGACAGAUUUGCCAUUUACAGACCGGGGGUUUUGUUGGUGGAUAGGCAGGAGAGCCGUCCUGCUGAGUGGAUGGCAAGGAAAUUCUUCAGCGCCGUUUCCGCUGUGGGAUUUACAUCUAUGUCUGUCCCAAUCCAAGUGGUGGCAAAAUCAAUGGUGUCGAACACCGUGCUUCAACCUGAGCAGAAGACGGAGAUCCUGGAGAAUAAAGACAUUGCUGCUCUGGGGAAAAGUGCAGGGAACUAAAAGAGCAGGAAAAUCACGGGGGUGAGAAAAACAUUCCACGCAGUUUACACUCAAACCCGGUUCGUUUUCCUGACAUCAGAGUGACACGUCAAGCUUUACAUUUGACAGAGGACGCCUCUGAGGCAAUCACCUAAAUGGGUGGUUGUCUCGAUUUCACUUGCAUCUGCAUGUUAAAAACAUAUUUUAAAUCAAGGAAUAUUUGGGGGUGUGCUUCUAUACAAUGUAUCACAAAAGUGAGUACACCCCUCACAUUUCUGCAGAUAUUUAAGUUUAUCUUUUCAUGGGACA